GUCGGCCAUUAGUUCGAACGAGCCGUCAUCUGUUUGCUGUCAUUGGCAACAUAACCUUACACUUUUUCCACAUUUAUUUCGUGUUUAAAAUGUGAAAACUGCACGUUUCGCAAAAUUGCGACUACCUAACACGCCAGUGAGUGCUGUUGUUUGGUGCUAGUAUGGAGGUGAACCCUUUGAGUGUGAUUUUGGUGAAAUCGGACAGCAAGGGGGACCGCCUCUUAUUUCGGUACCCCUUCCGGUUCUUGGAGAAAAACGAGCCGGCAAACACCAAACGGCGAAAUCCUUACACGUUACCAAACCUUGAGGACCUACUACAGUCCCCCACUCAGCCCACAUCGAACAUAAAUAAGGGCCACUUGACCGGUUUCACUGACGAAGUCCUGUCGUCUCUAUUUGCCGUGAAGUCCGAAUUGUGCAAUAAUAAGUUUGAGCUGAAAGUCAACGAUGUGCGAUUUGUGGGUCACCCGACUUUGCUACAGUUGCGGAAUAAACAACAGGACGCUUCUGGUUUAAUGUUGAUUAAUGUGGUGUUUGCUUUACAAGCCCUUGCUAGUCAUUCAGUUGUAACGUGUUACCACGAUUUGAGUAAAAGAGUUGGAAUUGCGUUACGUUAUGAGGAAAAACGCUGUGGUUAUGUGAGUGAACAGACGCAAACCAUGACCACAGCACACGAUGAUGGGUAUACUGGUAACUCAGAAUCGGCCUUCGAGACUAUUUUAACUAAGUGUACGUUGGCGAAAAAUAUUAAAAAGUUGUAUGAAGAUUUGUGCAGCACUGGACUAGUCAAUAUUCAAAUUAACAAAUGGAUCACUUUGAGUUUUUGUUUGCCUCAAAAGGUGCACCAGUGGCACUUGAGAGGGAAAUUCGUUGAGCCUAAAGACAUAGACAGGUGUUUGAAGGCUUUACGCCCUUACCACAGUUUAUUAUUACUGCACCCCAUCCAGCAAAUGGCCGAUUUCACUGGACUGGAUGGCUCCCCAUCCUUAGAACGAAUGCUAAAGCAAUAUUCUCCAAUAAAAAACUUGCAAACUUUAGCAGCCGACGCCGACUUGACCCUCCACCAUGUUUUUGAGCUCACAGCUCAUUUAGUUUACUGGGCUAAAGCUACAGUUAUAUUCCCCAUUUGCUUGACUAACAAAUAUGUGAUAGCUCCAGACGCCCCCAUUCAUCUGAAUUCACCUCUGAUUGACAAAUUCUCAGAGGCUUUCCCCACAGCGAAUUUAAUUCGUGUGAUUAGCGAUUUCGCGCUACCGACCUCUUUGGGCCAGAAGUGCAACCCGUUGUGCCAUCCGGCCCAACAGUCUCAUUUAGUACAGACUAUUAUCUGGAUGUUGCAACACCAUCUACUGUUGCAACUGCACACUUAUGUGCAGUAUAUGCCAACAGAUCACGGGUUGGCAGUGCCCAGGGAAAAGGACGAACGGAUCGUUUCACAAAGAAACAUAGGAAAUGUAUUGUCCUCGAGCUCGUAUCACCCGAGUACGUCCGAGCACUCGCGAGCCGAGUCCGAAAGCGGCACGUCGACGGUGUCGGAAACGCCCGAGCUUCGCAGCGAAUCAGAUUUGAUCAACCGCAGUAUAAAUCUCGAAAAUGUGAGUUUUACGUCGGUUGAGGACGAAAAACAGGAUUAUCAGGAGGAGUUGCUGUUGGAUUUUCCUGAUGAGGAACGCGGGAAUAUUUUUAAAAUACCGGCAACUAAUAAUCCAGAGGAUUUGCGAUUGUUUGCCCGAUUGUGUCGCAAAGGUUAUUUUCAUGGGAAUCACCACAUUGAGGAGAUAAUGUAUUUGGAGAACUUACGGCGCAGUCAGUUGUUGCAGCUCUUGGAUAAGUUUAGGGAUGUUUUGAUUACGUACGAAACGGAGGAUCCGGCUAUAGCUAUGUUUUCAUACACGUGAGCGUGUUGACUAUUAUUCAUUGUUUUCACUAAUUAUUUUAUUACAACUGUUACAAUCUUCGUAUUUUUGUAGUUAAUUUUUUACUGGUUGAAUAAAGAAAUUACAAGUU